AUUCGAUUAAGUGAGCCAUUGACGAGUGCCCCCCGGAGAUCGCAACAAUCUUCAUCAGCGCUUUUACUCAAAUACCAUCUUCUUCAUUGAUCUUUGAAAGACCAACAGAAUCCAAACUUCAGAAAAUAAAGAAACAUGAUAGCGAGCUAUUUCCUUCACCUGAUUCCUUUUCUAUCAAUCUUAGUGGAUGAGUCUCUUUCAACUCAUCAUUCUAUCAACAGAAACAUAAAGCGCGUCCAUCCUCGACACAUCAAGACUAGAGGGUUGAUAGACUAUGCAUCAUCUCAACUGAAAGACGUUGAAAGCUCACUGAUACCACCUCCAAUCUCAAGUCAGCAACAGGCGCAUACGGAUAAAUCCAAGACAAAAUCAAGCGUAGUUACGCAUCAGAAAGGAUCGCUAUUGGGACUCAAUGCGAGCAUUAGUGUCGGAGUCAGCUCAUCUGGAUCAGGUUACUACCCUACUACGUAUAAACUCAAGAGCGAGAGCUCUGGAAAAACAUUCUUUGACCACUGGGACUUUUUCACUGACGCCGAUCCAACACAUGGACUGGUGGCGUAUCAGCCUGCAGACUCCGCCUGGAAAUCCGGACUCGUAUCUCUCGGCCAAAACACUCUGUCUAGCACUCUCAAGGGUAAAGCUUCUACUGCGAUAGCAAAUUAUCCUCUGACCGCGCGUAUGAAAGUGGAUUCAACCAGCUGGUUAGGAGAUGGCCAGAAUCGUAAGAGCGUCAGGAUAACCAGCAAGGCUCAGUUCAAGUAUGGGCUUCUGAUCCUAGAUGCCAUACGGAUGCCGUAUGGAUGCUCAACUUGGCCUGCUUUUUGGACUGUUGGCGAAGAUUGGCCGAAUCAAGGUGAGAUAGAUAUCGUGGAAGGGGUUAACAUGCUCGACAAAAAUCAAAUGACCCUUCAUACAUCAGCAGGUUGCUCUAUAAUGAAAACUAUGGGUGCAAAUGCUACAGGGCAAGUUUACGACACCAAUUGCGACGUUACUGCUAACCAAAACGCGGGAUGUGGUGUAGGUGAUUCAAACUCGGAGUCAUAUGGAGAAGGUUUCAAUAACGCUGGAGGUGGUGUAUUUGCAAUGGAGUGGAAGUCAAGUGGGAUCUCAAUAUGGCGCUUUUCUCGUACAUCCAUUCCGGAUGACAUCAGCAGCAAGCAACCUAAUCCAGAAAAAUGGAGCCAACCGGCAGCCCAUUGGGAUAGUACGCAUUGUGGAGCUUUGCGAGAUCAAUUUGGUCAACACAGAAUAGUAUUUGAUAUAACUGUUUGUGGUGAUUGGGCAGGAGGCGCCUUCGGUUCUUCAGGUUGUUCGGGAAGUUGUGCCGAAGCAAUGAAAGACCCGUCAAAUUUCUCCAAUGCAGAAUGGGAGAUCGCAUCUGUUCAACUAUACCAGUGAGACAGAAUAGCGCUUUGUAGAAUUCAGUAUAUCAGUUUUUGUUAUUACGUGUCCCAUUCAUCUGUACUUCGUUGAGCUUUGGUCUCUUCUCUUGUCAUUAGUUGACAUUUCUGGGUAUGUUUUGUUGUACCAAUCAGAAUGUCUGCCAUGUUGAGUCUUUUAAAUGACUCUGAUGGUCAUUACUCAGUAAUCCGAUAUAUCUAUAUGUUUCCUGGCUA